CCAGCGCUCGGCAGCUCCCUGUCCCGCCGAGAAGCGGAGCCGCCGCGGGGACGGAGCGGGAGCCGCUCGCCCGGAGCGACGGGGCGAAGGAAGGACCGCUCGGCUGCGGGGGGAAAGCGCCCGUCCCGGAGAAGGGAGUAAUAUGUGGGAGGCUGUGGACUAUUUGCUUCCAACAUAGGAACAGCACUGGGUUGGGAAUCUGCACUCCUGAGAGAAUGCUGGGAAUCUGCAGAGGGCGACGGAAAUUCCUGGCUGCUUCUCUGACCGUCCUUUUUGUCCCAGCCAUCACAUGGAUUUAUCUGUUUGCUGGGAGUUUUGAAGAUGGGAAGCCAGUGUCACUGUCUCCACUUGAAUCCCAGCCCCACAGUCCUCGGUACACAGCGUCGAGCCAGCGGGAGCGUGAGAGCUUGGAAGUUCGCAUGCGAGAGGUGGAGGAGGAGAACCGUGUGCUUCGCAAGCAGCUCAGCCUGGCACAGAGUCGCAGCCCCUCGCACCACCGUGGCAAUCACUCCAAAACCUACUCCAUGGAAGAGGGGACAGGUGACAGUGAGAGCCUGCGUGCUGGCAUUGUGGCGGGGAACAGCUCUGAGUGUGGGCAGCAGCCAGCAGUGGAAAAAUGUGAGACCAUCCAUGUUGCCAUUGUUUGUGCAGGGUACAAUGCCAGUCGGGAUGUUGUCACACUUGUCAAGUCUGUCUUAUUUCACAGGCGAAACCCGCUCCACUUCCACCUCAUCGCAGAUGCCAUUGCCAAACAGAUCCUGGCAACUCUAUUCCAGACGUGGAUGGUCCCUGCUGUGCGCAUAGACUUCUACGAUGCAGAUGAGCUUAAGUCGGAAGUGUCUUGGAUCCCCAACAAACACUACUCUGGGAUUUACGGGCUGAUGAAGUUGGUUCUGACUAAGACUCUACCUUCCAAUCUUGAGCGAGUCAUUGUCCUCGACACAGACAUAACUUUUGCCACUGACAUUGCUGAGCUAUGGGCCGUCUUUCACAAGUUCAAAGGGCAGCAGGUUCUUGGCUUGGUUGAGAAUCAGAGUGAUUGGUAUUUGGGCAACCUUUGGAAGAAUCAUCGACCCUGGCCAGCGCUUGGGAGGGGCUACAAUACAGGGGUUAUCUUGCUACUUCUUGAUAAGUUACGGAAGAUGAAAUGGGAACAGAUGUGGAGACUCACGGCAGAGCGGGAGUUAAUGAGCAUGCUAUCCACUUCACUGGCUGACCAGGAUAUCUUCAAUGCGGUCAUCAAACAAAAUCCUUUCCUUGUCUACCAGCUCCCAUGUUUCUGGAAUGUGCAGCUGUCUGAUCACACCCGUUCUGAGCAGUGCUACAGAGAUGUGUCUGACCUGAAGGUGAUUCACUGGAACUCACCAAAGAAGCUGCGAGUGAAAAACAAGCACGUGGAGUUUUUCCGCAACCUCUACCUGACAUUCCUGGAAUAUGAUGGGAAUUUGCUAAGACGGGAACUCUUUGGCUGCCCCAGUGAGGCAGACGUUAACAGUGAAAAUCUCCAGAAACAGCUGUCUGAGCUGGAUGAGGAUGAUUUAUGCUAUGAAUUUCGUCGAGAACGUUUCACCGUCCAUCGCACUCAUUUGUAUUUUCUACAUUAUGAAUAUGAGCCUGCUUCAGACAAUACUGAUGUAACUCUGGUGGCUCAACUUUCAAUGGACAGGCUCCAGAUGCUUGAAGCUAUCUGCAAACACUGGGAAGGUCCAAUCAGCCUGGCACUCUAUCUUUCUGAUGCAGAAGCCCAGCAAUUUCUGCGCUAUGCCCAAGGCUCAGAAGUACUUAUGAGCCGCCACAAUGUUGGCUACCAUAUCGUGUACAAGGAGGGGCAGUUCUACCCUGUGAAUCUGCUAAGGAAUGUGGCCAUGAAGCAUAUCAGCACACCAUACAUGUUUCUGUCCGACAUUGACUUCUUGCCUAUGUAUGGACUCUACGAGUACCUCAGGAAGUCUGUCAUCCAACUAGACCUGGCUAACAGCAAGAAAGCUCUCAUUGUACCUGCUUUUGAGACCCUACGCUACCGCCUUUCGUUCCCCAAGUCAAAAGCAGAGCUGCUAUCUAUGUUGGACAUGGGAACCCUCUUCACAUUCAGGUAUCACGUCUGGACAAAAGGGCAUGCGCCAACAAACUUUGCCAAGUGGCGAACAGCCACCACCCCCUACCGCGUUGAGUGGGAAGCAGACUUUGAGCCAUACGUUGUUGUGAGGAAGGACUGCCCGGAAUAUGACAGGCGGUUUGUUGGAUUUGGCUGGAACAAAGUAGCUCACAUCAUGGAACUGGAUGCACAGGAGUAUGAGUUCACAGUGCUGCCCAACGCCUACAUGAUCCACAUGCCACACGCCCCCAGCUUUGACAUCACCAAGUUCCGCUCCAACAAGCAAUACCGCAUCUGUCUCAAGACCCUGAAGGAGGAGUUCCAGCAGGAUAUGUCGCGCCACUAUGGCUUUGCAGCCCUUAAAUAUCUCACGGCAGGGAACAACAGCUAGCACAACGGAGCCUGUGUGCAGGAAAUACGGACACCACUUAACAUUUGGCGCCCAGUCUUCAAACUUCAAACUGAGAAAUACUUUCUGUUUUUAUACCAUCCAUACCCAGCAGUUCUAACAGUAGAAAUUUGAAGUGACAUGUCUUUGGACUAUGCUCAUUCAUCCCUUCCCCAACUACCCCAGGCCUUUCAGCUUUAACAUUCCUGAGCUGUCAACAAGAGGGGCCAGCCACGCACCCACCGUGCCACCGGAGGUGGGGACUGGGCAGGGGCUGGGAAUGCACGCUGCUCUCCUAACUGCAGAGCAAAGACAGAUCUUCAGAAUAUAGGAUUUCAUGUUGCUAUUUAAUAAUUUGACAUGCUUUUUAUCUGUAAAGGAAGAUCUUCGGAUCGCUGUCCUGUGAAUUUCAAAUCUGCACUAAUCUAAAAGGGAACUUUCACCUGUGAACUUUCACAGGGCCCCUCUUAACAUGGUUGACCUUGUUAAUGCAGGAUGAGCCAAAGGUCUGAAUUAGCCUUGAAGAUGAAGUGGACUCUUAUACUAUACUGCACUCCAGAAAAGAUGUGUUACUGGUUUAGGUGUAUACAUGAUAUCAAUGGGUCUUUUUUUUCUCAGACUGGUUGUUUUAUCAGGAAAGUCCCCUAUACCCCACCCUGCCUUUUCCCCAGUCAUAAACGCUGCUCCUUUCCUUGCCAAGGAAAUGUCUCCCUUGUGUUUCCUCCCCAACUUCAGUUCUGGUGGUCCAGUAAAGAUCAGCAGCUCUGCCAGAAAGUGAAAAAUACUUGUCAGUGUAUAUCUGUUUUCACCGGAGCAACUUGUUCAUGUGUGUCUUGUAGAAUAAAGGGCCUGGCUGUAACUUUUUAUCUUUUUUAGGCUAGAAUUGGAUUUUGCCUUUAAGGCAUGUUGUGCAGGGGGAUAUUGAUUUGUAGGCUUAUUUCAGUGCAUGCCCAUCCAUGAAGGCAUUGAGCCUUGGGCUUUAAGUGGACUUCUUUGCUGAACAGGGAUUAUAGACAUGGCAAUUACUAGCCUUGGUGCUCUCCUGCUGCCUGCUGCAAGGUCUCAGAACUACUUCGUUAAAGGAGUUUAUAAUUAAAAGGAGCAGAACUGUUAGGAAUAAACUCCCCAUUCAGGGGGGAGAAAAGAAUGUGUUGGGAAUCUGAGUGUGAGUGUUUGCUUGAACAUGGGCUGGUCAAGUUCACAACCUUGAUACACACAGAAGUAUGCUGGAGGGCAGACAGGAAACCUAACAAUCGAAAUGCAGAAAACAAGACACUGGACUUCUUACCAUGUUCUUUAUUCUUCAGUAUUAAUGUUGUGUUUACAUGGGAUGAAGAGAUGAGAUUUAAUGCACUACCCCUUGCAGGGCUAUUUGUAAUUUAUGUUGCAAUGUUAAUAGAGAAAGCAGAAACAACUCAGUGAGAAAAGCAUCUAUCUGCCUACCCCAGAUUCCCAUACAACCACACGUACCAAUACCACUGCCUGAGUUUGGAAAUGUAUCCACAUUGCAUUAUGACCACUUUUUCCCCUUUUUUUCAGCCACUGGAUCUUCUCUUUCUCUCUUCACCUCAUCCCUCUAGAGCUUGCUUUUAUUUCUAACUUGACAUUUUGUGAGAGCUUUCUGUUACAGUGGAAACCACGCAGUUAAACCAGACAUUUAAACUACAAAUAUCAGUUCAUCAUGCUGUGUAUAUAUAAGAAAAGCCAAAAAAGGCAACAUCUUUGACAAGAAAUAAAACGGGGCAGGAGGCUAUGUGUAAUUUUACUUUUCCCCCAGGAGUGUUGGCUGUACAGGAAUAAAUCACUGCAUAAUUUUCCAAAGUGCUUUUCUUCUUUUGUUAAUGACUUUUAAGUAAAGAUUUACGUAAAAAUCUGAGAAGAGCUGGAAAGAAGUGAAAUGAAUGAUUAGUCCUAGCUAAGAGAUAUUUUUAAAAAAUAAAACAAAAUCUUAACUCCCCAAGUCGCAUAUUACUCACCAUUAAGGGCCCAGGUCACCGUGCCUAUUCAGAAUGAGAAGAACCCUGCAGCAGAGCAUCCUGUCGAUUAGCCAGUGUGCAGAAGCUAUCAAAACCUGAUCCCAAGAGUGGCUAACAUGGGUUAUACCUACAUAAAAUCUCCAGUCAGAUCGUCAGUGUUGCCAUUAUUAUGUUUCAUGUAUGUUAAAAACUUCCAGAUGUGCAUUCCUUCUUGGCUUAACAAUGUUGCCCAAGGAAGCACUGUAUUGCCCUGCAGCAGCAUAGCCUGUAACCUGGACCUGUGCAUUAAUUGGACGUGCCAUUGUCAACGUGGACAUAAUUCUCUCAUCUGUGGUCAUGAAAUGCAGAUGGGAGAGCGGGCAGGUAAUCACUUGCUACUUGCCUGUCUGUCAUGGAAACUCCUAGGUAGGCUUAGGUGUGCUGGUUGGUGUAAUCAGCCCAAGGACUGGUAUUAGCUUCAAAGAGCCCCUUUUUUACCCUCAUAAACACUGUACUUACUGGUAUCUGUCACGUUAUGUUUGUCUGCUUCAUAAUUUGGUCUUGGGAUUUUUUUAACACAUUUCAGCCAAUAUACAUGGUAAGAGUCUGUAACUGCCAGGGCUCCUCCAACACUGCGAGAAAAACACCACAGACAACAAUAAAAAAUCUCCAACUCAGUUAUAAUUCUGACUGUCUUCCAGUUCUCUUUGUAGUAGGUAUUUCCUAGAAACUUUGUUACUUAAUUCUCAGUUUUCUCCUGAAGUCUUCAAGAAAUAUCAGAUAAUGCUGGUGACUUAAUGCCUUUGAUUUACUGGUUUGUUCCAUCAACUUCUCUUUUGAGUCUUCAGUCUAAGACCACUCCUUAUCUUUGAUAUUUGGAAAGUGUGAGUCUUUCAUUUAGAUAUCACUCCAGCACCCUCCCUGGUGAGGACUGAUGCAAAUAAAUCAUUUAGAUUCUUGGCAAUGUCCUUAUUGUCUUUAAUUUUUUUUUCUACUUAUUGUUUUGGGUGGCCUACUGGUUAUCUCCAGUUUUUUGCUUUCGGUGUACUGAACAAAUGUGUAUUUUCAGGUUUAAGUUCCUUCUAUUAAUUCUUCAAAUUCCCUCUUAGCUUGCCAAACUCCAUCUCAACUAUUACAACCCUUGCUUUUGGCUUUACCAAGUUUUGAAUUCUGUUCUCUGAAGAUUUCCUAUUUGGCCAGGACAACUUCUAAAAUUUCCAGUUCAGUCAUUACCUUGUCCUUGUCUUCUAUUUAUCUAAGAAAAUAUCAUACUCCAUGGUUGCUCAUAAGCCCUUUCCAUUUUUAAUCUUAAGGAUUUCAGAUUUUUUUUUUCAUUUUAUUUAGGGCCACUGAUUCUUUCUUUAAAUUAGAAAAGAGUGCUUUGGUUUUAAUUUUUUAUAUCAAAUACUGCCUCAUUAGGUUUUGGGGGGCUGUGUUUUCUUCUUUCCUAAAUGCUAGACUUUUCUUAGUCAAGAGAUCAGAAAUAAAAUCCUACAAAAUUCUUUUGUUCUUCUAAUUUGGGCUCUUAUCUUGAUGUGUUUUGUUCCGUGGCUCCCUUUUCUCCCUCCACUCCAAAACAUGGACACACAUUAGUCACUACAAACUUUUCAGACCCAUAAGCCCCUUCCAGCACCAGAGCCUGAACUUUGCAUUUCCCAGGUGCCAUAUUUCAGGCAUAAUUAUUAUUCCAAAUAAUAAUCUGCUGGCUGGCAACCAAUCCUCUUAUUUUUAUUUUCAUGCUUUUCCCUUUGAUAUAAGAGGCUUUGCAAGUUUAAGUUUCAGGCAAAGCACUUCCAUAUAUUUAAUGCUUUAUUGUAACCCUCCAGUAUGUUUCCAUGAUUUCUCUCUGUUGUCACAGUAUAUAGCUUCAAAUGUUUGGCUGUAGUUUCCAUCUUAUCAUUUUCUGACUAAGAGUCAUCUACCAUUUGCCUACCUGACAGAUCUAGAAAAUAUCUUUGUUUAUCCCGAGUAGUCCUUAGUAUUGAUCAGAUUUUUUUUCCAAGCCCCACUUUCAGUAAUUCCUUCCAGCCUCGGUAUUUUCCUACAUGAGCAAUCUGGUUCCACUUCACAAUUUCCAUUUUUUAUUCUGUUUGUAAGCGUCAUCAUGGACUCAGUGACAUAAAGGAAUUAGCAGCUGUACCUCCAGUUCCAUUGCUUCCCUUAGAUGUAAUAUCAGAUAUGGUCACAUUAUUCCUGAAGUACUAUUUUUUUACCUAGUAGGAUUUGUGUGGUUUAUAUGUAAAUCAUAAAAUGCAUUUUCCUUUCACUGCACCAAGUGGAGGCACUUUGUAGUGUUAUUUGCAGUAGCUGUUGCAGCAGAGUAAGCCCAUUGUUAGAGAAAAAAGCACAAAAAACUUGUCAGAAUUGUAGCUACAGUUUCUCUCUGCAGGAGAAAAUAAGGCCCUAGCACAGAUGGACAGUUUUAUAAAUGCCCUGCACAAAACACAUUGCACAUUAUUUUCUGGUAGGUAUAAUCAUACAUCGUCCAAUUAAAUACGAAAAAUACGUUUUUAAUGUUCUCAUUUUUACAUGCAAUUCUAUCCAGAAGAUAAUACAUUUCCUCUGUAUCUUGCCAGUUUCCCUUAUUACUCCAGCCUGUCUAAUAGCCCCAUCUGUUUUUGGCUGAGAAAGAUUAAUGACCAGCAGCACUGGGAGUCCUGGCAAAUCAGCAGAGAUAUCACUCUUAGGUAUUGCAAAAGACAUUCCUUCUUGCUCUGCCAGAUACUGUAUGGGUGUUCCUUACGUUUCAGGGCAGUGACAGGAAACCACUGCAAGGUCAGCAAGUGGGGUGAGCGUCAUUAUUUAUGAUUUUCAACAAAGUCUAAUACAUUAGACGGUGGGAGUGCAAACAAAAGAAUGUGCAAUUGUUAGCUCAAAAAAUAUUUCAGUUUUAGGAAAAGAAACGAGCUAAGUUUCUGCAACUCCAGCAAGUGAGACUGGAAAAAAUAAGACACUAGUAGACAAUGACAGCCAAUAAUGUAGUGUUUCCACUGUAGCAUUGAAAAUGCGGGAGCAUUGACAGCUAAACGAAGUCAUUUUUACAGUAGUAAUUCAUAAUGUGUGUUUAGCCACUAUAUUUCUAUCCAAACACUUGGGUGAACGGGGAUUGUGUGAAAAUUGUUACUUUGGUUCACAAUAUAAAAUUAAAUCUGGAAAAGCUUCUGGCCUUGCAGAGCAAAUCAUGGCUCAGGAAAUGCUUACAAGCUUGGAUUUAUAAAUGCCUUGCUUCUAUAGGAAUUUGUUUUCGUCAGUAGUUAUACAUGCCCAAAACAAGACACGAAAUCACUGAGAAUUUCAAAAGGAGCUACAUCUGUGUCAGUUGGCUGGAACAUUUUCCUGUUACAAUUACUUAGUAUCUGGGGUUUGUUUGAUCUGCAGAGUAGAACUGGUAUCAUCAUUUGAAAAAAAACAAUCUGGGAAUUAGAAAGCCAGCCAAGUAUUUAUUUGUGUGAUGGAUCAUAUGAAUGUAUUUGUCCAGACAUGUUAAUGGGUACUGCAAUAGAAAUGUUAGGUCAUUGAGGGGGUCAAGAUGCAAAAGAUCUGAAAUCCAGGCUUAGUAUCUUUUCAGUCAUUCUGUGCUAUGUUUUCCUCUCAUAGGAUGAGAACAGUUUCAUGUCUCCUGGCUAAUUACAGUUUCAGUAGGGUUAAAAUAUCCUAAACCUCUGCAGCGUGGAUUCAUGUGAAGUUGCUGUGGAGGUGACAAAGGCUUCGUUUGAGCUCCUUGUUCCAUUGCCAUGAGAUAUAAGACUUCACUCCAAAUGAUACAGUACUAACCCCUGGGGAUAAUGCUCCAAUCACUCUCACCAAAUAUAUUCAAGGAGAAUCCCCUCAAACAUGCAAGACCAAGUAAUUCAGGCCAAGCUAAGCCUAUUCCUCAGUUUUAUGGCACCAUAAUUCUCAGAUGAUGGAUGUGUGAGUUUUCAGCAUUAACCAUUAUAUCACAAGACUCCUGCUAAGGCUGCAAAAUCAGUCAUGUGAAAGUUAGAGGAUCUGAAAUUUCAAGUUGCUGGUGGAGCUGGUGAUUUGCUCACACAACUUCUUUUUGUCCCCUGGCACAUACGUAAUAGAACAUAACCUCUACAUAAUCAUUUGCUGAGGAUUUUUUAGAGGACUCUUCUUUCAUUUUGUGCACUGAGUGGAUGGUACUCGGGGAAGCAAGCAGAUGGGUGAUACUUCUUUUCACUUGUGCUCACACUGAGUU